AUGGAGAAAGCGUUGGUGAUCGCAACUGUGACGCUGAAGUUGGUGAUGUUCUCUGCUUGCAAACGAUCUCUCCUGCCUGCGCUGUCUCUCGAUAGUAACGAGGUAGCUGAGGGCGAGAGGAAGGCUUCAGAGGCGGUGAGAGAAGUGCUUUCAGUUGCAUCCGACUCUCGCUGUUUGUCAAUUAUUGUCGGGGAUGGGGACCCUUCUGUCGCCACGCUCCUGCUACUUCGCGAGUUAUCCUGGUGUGUUAGUGUCGUUGUGGUGAGUGAUGACCCGGCUGCUCUGCUGACCUUCUGCGAGAGGUCGCUGAAAAGCCAGUUCAUAGUAUGGUCCACGAGGCUUCUUGUCGUCACCCACCUGAGUACACAAGAGCUUAGUCAUCUCCAUGAGUCUCUGUCUAAGAUGAACGCCAUGGUGAUGACCCUUCGCCACGACCGGAAACAAACUAGCUGUAGCUUUUAUGUCCACAUGCCGUACAGCCCAGCGGGAGAAGAGACGCUGCAAGUGGCCUCCUGGGGAUCGCUUCACGGCCUCGUGCUCAGGGGAGACUUGCCACUUUUUCCGGAGAAAUUCACCAGGCUAAGGCAUAGGGCCAAGAUCGUGGUCGCCGCCGAGGAGUAUCCGCCUCACGCCUUUGUGCUCCUGCUCGGUGGGACCGACGGCCGCGGCCAGCCCAGGUUCACCAUUACGGGGCCCAUGGUCAAGCUGCUCGAAAUUCUGGCUACUUCCAUGAAUUUUACAUACACCUACGUCCGGCCGCCAGACGGGGCGUGGGGAGCGAAGCAGCCGGACGGUUCCUUCAGCGGCAUGGUGGGAAUGCUCUCGCGGAAGGAAGCGGACAUCGGGCUAGGCCCCUUCGGCGUGAGCGCCAGCCGCGCCGAGGUCGUGGACUACACGAGCUUCAUCGUGAUCGAUUAUGCGAGGAUCAUCGGCGGGCGAGGACGCGCCGAGGUCGACCCGUGGGGCUUCCUCCUGCCCCUGGCGCCGGAGGUGUGGCUGGGCGUGGCGGUCAUGACGGCGCUGGCGAUGGCGACGGCCGCGGUUCUCACGGGGCUGUCGGAGCGGUUCUCGGCUGGGCGGCGGUCGGCCGGCUUGUGCUUCGGCGUCGUCAGAGUGCUCCUGAUUCAAGACACGAAGGUGCUGCCGGAGCGGCGGUGGGAGCGCGUGCUUCUCGCCGGCUGGAUGAUCGUGACGCUGGUGACGGUGAAGAGCUACGCGGGGAACCUCAUGUCCCUCCUGGCGGUGCGUCACAUCCCGCAGCCGUACCAGUCGGUCAGGGACGUCCUCGACGACGCCUCCUGCACCAUGAUCUGGGAGACCAAUAACGCCUACAUCCAGUACAUGAACAGCCUAACUUCCGGAACAUUCUACGAGGUUGCAGAAGCCGGAAGAAACGGCCGGAUCAUCUACAAAAGAAGCACAGAUUUCAUGGAGGCCGUGGAGACCCUCGUGAGAAGGGGCGACCACGUCCUGAUGGUGGAGGACCUCACCGCAAGGGUCUUCUUGGGCCAGGACGUCUCCAGCACCGGUCGCUGCGACUUCUACCUCUCUCGCGAAGUCUUCCUGCCAUUCAUCUUCGCCAUGACGGGCCAGAAGAACAGUCCGCUUGUGCCGGCGCUCAAUCGAAGGAUACGAGCUGUAACGGAGUCCGGCCUGUACGACCACUGGAUGCAGGGCGCCAUCCCCAACUCCACCACGUGCGCCAACGCCCCCUCCAAAAUCACGGUCAACACGACCCUUGGGCUCUCCAACCUCUGGUUGAUGUUUGCAAUUCUUCUUGGAGGCCACGCUAUCAGCUUGAUCGUCCUUCUCUUGGAGACCUUUUGGAACAAGAUGAAAUAGAGAAAAUAUUUCGGUGUUGGGAAGAGGUUUCCGGCAGACGAUACCGGCUGCUCUUCCUUGUGCAAGUUCCCGACCUACUUCUUAAUGUUUAGUACAGUGAGCUCCCUAUUGUGUUGCUCGUGUGUAAUAAACUGAUGUAUAGCCAUAGCUCCCUGAAAUGAUAAUCGGCACUUCGAUACUAGUCAAUAAACAAUUCAAUGGAAUGUGAAUUAUAUGCCUCUAAUAAGUCUGUCCAUAUCAGAAUGUU